AUGUGCUACAGAUAUACCGAUCUAAAGCCAAUCGGAUUUGGGACGUUUGGGUUAGUCUGCUCUGCCAACGAUAAGGUGGAACGCAGCAAAGUUGCAAUCAAAAAAAUCGCGCAGCCAUUUCGUUCAAAGGAAACAUCAAAACGAUCGUACCGAGAAAUGAAGCUUUUAAACUCUAUGCAACAUGGAAACGUUAUCAAUCUGAGAAACGUUUUCAUUUCUCCGUCGGAAGACUUAUACCUAGUUACCGAGCUUCUCGAUGCAGAUCUUCAACAAGUUCUUCGCCAAGGCAAAGUUCAAGAUGAAUACGCUCUUUACUUCUUUUACCAGAUUGCGCGCGGGUUAAAAUACAUUCAUUCCGCUGGUGUCAUUCAUCGCGAUCUAAAACCAAAUAACAUCCUGAUCAAUUCGCAAUGUGAUGUCAAACUUUGCGAUUUUGGCUUAGCACGGAUCAAUAGUACUAGAUCAAUGACCGGCUACAUUUCAACGAGGUACUAUCGUGCCCCCGACGUCAUGCUUGCAUGGUGUCAUUACAACACCAGCGCAGAUAUUUGGAGUGCUGGCUGUAUUCUCGCUGAGAUGCUCCUGGGAAGAGUAUUGUUUGAAGGAAAAAGUCAUAUUCAUCAAUUCUCCGUUAUCACGGAAUUACUUGGCACUCCGGAUGAGGAAAUCUUGGAAGAAGCUGGAGAAAAGACGAAGCGAUUUGUCCGGCAACUACAACCUCGCUCGCGGGUACCGUUUUCCAAAGCGUUGGAUAUAGAGGAUUCGUUAGCAACUGACCUUUUGGAACGUGUCCUUGUCUAUUCUAGCGAAAAGAGAUUAUCUGCUAGUCAGAUUUUACAACAUCCAUAUCUUGAAAAAUAUCACGAUUCGACAGACGAGCCAGAUGCGGCAAAAGAGUUCCUCAUACCCCCCUUUGAUACGAGUCUGCCUAUUGACAAAUGGAGAAAGAUAAUGUAA